AUGAAAUUGCGCAGCCAAUCCUACCGCGAAAUGGUUAAAAUACUCAAAGACGCUGGUGUCUAUGUGGAAGGAAUGCAAACUUCAGAGCUUAAGCAGCUUUUGCAGACCGUAGAAAUGUCCACCAUGCAGCGAAUCGAGGCAAACCAGGAAAACCAGAAUUUCGAAACUGCCCGCAAUAAAGGCGAGCUGGAGGUUAAUUCAUCGCACCCCGUGGAGGUCCACCAAUCGACUACCGACAUGCUGCCGUCUGUGCUGACGCCUCGUUUCUCGCUUGCGCCCAUGGCUGGUGAUGUGGGUGUGGAUGUCUCUCAGCCUGGUUGCGAUCGUCCUUCCAGUGAGCCCCUUCUUCUGUCGCCUCGUUUUUCGCUUUCGCCCAUCGCUAGUGAUGUGGGUGUGGAUGUCUCACAGCCUGAUUGCGAUAGUUCUUCCAGUGAGCCCCUUCUGCUGACGCCUCGUUUCUCGCUUUCGCCCACGGCUGGUGAUGUGGGUGUGGGUGUCUCACAGCCUGAUUGCGAUAGUCCUCCCAGUCAGCCCCUUCUGCUGACUGUUCGUGCAGUUGUACAUCAUGCCCUUGAGUGGAGCCCCUCGGCCGAGCGUCAGACUGUACGCGAGCGUCAGACUGUACGCGAGCGCAGUGCAGACGGGAACAGCCGCGUACUCCGCAUUCGCCUCGCAUUCAAGCGUGUCCAAACCAACAACAAAAACAAUACCUACAGUAGCAACGAUCAUUCAUCCCCAUCCACUUAAUAAUUUUUUGUAAUAUUUGAGCUUCGCUUCUAUCGCGUGGCAUUCUUCCUCAGACGGAAGAACGUUUACAUCGGCUUUUCGCGUGCGUCCAGACAAGGGCCAUUUCCCUAACCCUAAAUUUCAUCCGACACACUCAGACCCGGCGAUUAAAUAUAUGUUCAACUAUGCUCUUAUUGAUGUUUCAA